AUGCAACGCUAUUCUUCAAAGGUUUUUGGUAACAAGACCAAUCUGGUCGUGGAACAGAACGAACAAGAUGGUAGUGGGUUCUCAGCGGCCAGCCUAUCAUUAAGAGCCCAGAAGAAAAUCGCCAGUAAACUCAGCACAAGGAAAGUGACCAAGCUGUUCAUUAGCGAAUCAGUCGACCGAGUAUUCGAUAAUUUAUACAAUGCGCUACGAUGUUACUUCUCGAAAAAGGAUUCUGAGAAGAAAGCGCUGAAGUAG